AUGGCUCGCCUAAGGACAGGGCGCUGGAACCCCUUCGCAUUUUACCGCGUCCCAGUAACGGUUGUCAUUACUCUUAUCUACAUCGCAUUACUCGCUCCACUCAUUGUCGUCCAACACGUUCUCCCCUCCGUACCAGAAUCGAACCCCGAAGGUCUGGAUUUACUCGAAGCCUGGCGAGAUCUUCAAUCUUUGACGAAUGGUUUUCAUCCUUAUAAUUCACGGAAAAAUGACGAGGUGCGGAGUUGGUUGCUCACUCGCAUUGACGAGAUAAUAUCGACCAAUGCGGCGGAAACUUUGACUCGGCAUGACAGCGCGCGGACGUUUGUUUUUGACGAUAAUCAGUCGAAUUUGACGGUUGUGGAGUCCAAUCUUGGUGUGUAUUUUGAGGGUACGAAUAUUAUUGUAUACGUUCGUGGACAGGAAGAUGAUAAAAGAGAAUGGUGGAAUGAACCGGGUCUCGCCCCCUCCGGGAAAGGUGGCGUGCUCGUGAAUGCUCACUACGAUAGCGUGUCGACUGGUUAUGGAGCUACCGAUGACGGUGUUGGCGUGAUCUCGUGCCUGCAACUCAUCAAAUAUUUCACUACGCCGGGCCAUGAACCUUUGCGGGGACUGGUUGUGUUAUUCAACAAUGGCGAAGAAGACUUUUUGAAUGGCGCGCGUGUUUAUAGUCAACACCCUAUUUCGAAAUUGCCGCAUACAUUUUUGAAUUUGGAAGGCGCUGGAGCCGGUGGGCGAGCAACGUUGUUUCGCAGCUCGGAUACCGAGGUCACGAAAUUUUAUAAGCGAUCGCCUUAUCCCUUCGGGAGUGUCUUUUCAGAUGCCGGAUUCAAGCUUGGUCUUAUUAGGAGCGAGACGGAUUAUGUCAUCUUUGAGGGAGAUAUGGGCCUUCGCGGUCUGGAUGUCGCUUUCAUAGAGCCUCGGGCCAGGUAUCAUACCAACCAAGACGAUGCUAAGCAUACUAGCCAGCAGUCGCUAUGGCAUAUGUUGUCUGCUGCAGUUGCGACUACUGAGGGUUUGGUCUCUGAUACGAGUCGGGACUUUGAAGGACGCCCACAGGGCCCAGGAAAGGUACCCAGUGGUACUGGUUCCGGAGCUGUAUGGUUUGAUCUGUUUGGCACUGCGUUCGCUGUAUUCCAGCUUCAUACGCUUUUCGCGCUCUCUGUCACUCUGCUUAUUGUUGGCCCGUUGACGUUGCUUAUUACCAGUAUUAUCCUGGCUAACCAGGAUCGCAUGUACCUCUUCGGCAUCUCGGUGUCGGCUGACGAUGGCUUCGCAAGUGUGCCUCUUCGUGGAUGGAGGGGUUUCUUUCGGUUCCCGUUCAUUUUUGGUAGCACCACUGCAAGCGUCGUAGGUUUGGCUUUUCUGAUGGCCAAGAUAAACCCUAUGAUUGCUCACAGCAGUGAAUACGCCGUUUGGAGCAUGAUGAUCUCAGCGUGGAUCUUUGUUGCCUGGUUCUUAUCUCGAAUCGCAAACUUUGCUCGACCUACGGCUCUGCACCGCAUUUAUGUCUUGACAUGGAUGUUUUUAUUGGCCUGGGUUCUUCUGGUGAUUACUACUGUAUACGAGAAUCGUGACGGUAUAGCAAGCGGCUAUUUCGUCAUCUUCUAUGCCUUUGGCACUUUUCUGGCAACGUGGAUCUCUUACCUAGAGCUUUUUUCGUUGCCCAAGAGAAGUGACUACGCCAAUAAAUUCAGUGGUCAGAUAUCGUCACGACGAACGAGUCUGGGCGGUAGUCGCCUGCUGACUCCCAAUCCAGACUUUGCUGGCCAACACCAGGAGGACGAUGAACCUACGGAGUCCACUUCUCUUUUGCGUAGUCAACGGACAAGUUUUGCAAACUACACUCGAUCUGCAGAAGACGAUGGUGAAGGCGAUUUGUUGUCUACAGGGGUUGGCACUGAUGAGUCUGAAGCAAGAGAUGCCAACGUCUAUGGGUAUGAACAGCCAUGGAGCGCAAACUUGCCCAAGUGGACAUGGAUUUUGCAGUUCCUAUUGAUCGCACCAAUAAUUACCAUACUUGUCGGACAGCUGGGUUUACUGAUUACAAGCGCCAUUCAUCAGACCAUGCAAGACGGCAGCUCGGCUUUGGCACCGUAUCUGAUGAUUGCCAUUUUCACUACACUAAUCUUCAUGCCUACUCUACCUUUUAUCCAUCGAUACACAUACCACAUACCUACGUUUUUAUUGUUGGUAUUCAUCGCUACCCUGAUCUAUAAUCUGGUAGCGUUUCCGUUUUCCGGAAACAAUCGAAUCAAGUUAUUCUUCUUGCAAGAAGUGGAUCUUGACACUGGCGCGAACCGUGUUUCCUUGACAGGUAUAUUGCCCUUUGUCGACGACGCCGCUGCGUCAAUACCCAGCGCCAAUGGACAGAAUAUAUCGUGCAUUCCGAAAGGUGAUCGAACAGAGUGCUCCUGGGAGAGUGAUCUUAUACCUCAUGUCAUCACCCAUCCCGGGUCUGGAAAGCAACAAACUCCUAUGAACGAAUGGGUAAAAUACAAAGCUAUACGGCUCGAGCCCGGUCGUCAGAAUACCAACCGUGCACAGUUCAAAAUAAGUGGAUUGAAUACACGAGGUUGUCUGCUACACUUUGAUAAACCCAUUUCUCAAUUCCAUGUUGCCGGGUCCGCUACAGAUAGCCGAUUCCCGAGUAAUCCGUCUCUCGAAGAUGGGACCGAAGACGGCGUUCGAGAAAUUCGUCUGUGGAGUCGUAUCUGGGGAAAUGAGUGGGUGAUAGAUGUUGAAUGGGCCUCGCACAACAACAACAACAACAACAACAACGAUGACAGUGACGGUGGGAAAGAUACAUUGACUGGAAAAGCAACGUGUCUCUGGAGUGACGCCAACACACAAGGCACUAUUCCAGCACUCGAUGAAGUGAUCCAAUACACUCCUGAGUGGGUUGCUAUUACGAAGCUUGAUGCUGGGUUGGUGAAGGGGAGUCGAUCGUUCGAAGUGUGAUGUUUGUCUAUUUUUUUCUGUCUGUAGUGUAGAGUCCAUCUUGUAGGUGGCGUUUUGAUAUAUGACUUGUAUAUAUGUGUACAAUACACAGAUUUGGAUCUC